CUGACACCAUGGGGUGCUGUGGCUGUGGAAGUUGUGGCGGCUGCGGUGGCUGCAGCAGUGGCUGCGGUAGCUGCGGCGGCUGCGGCGGCUGCGGCGGUUGCGGCGGCUGCGGCGGCUGUGGCAGCUGCACCACCUGCAGGUGCUACCGCGUGGGCUGCUGCUCCGCUUGCUGUCCCUGCUGCUGCGGCUGCUGCGGGGGCUGCUGCAGUACCCCCGUGGUCUGCUGCUGCCGCCGCACCUGUGGCUGCAGUUCCUGUGGCUCAUGUGGCUGCGGCUCGUGUGGCUGUGGCUGUGGGAAGGGCUGUUGCCAGCAGAAGUGCUGUUGCCAGCAGAAGUGCGGUUGCAAGAAGCAAUGCUGCUGCUAAGCGGCCGUUUGGCUUCUGGGAAGAUGCUGCAGGUAACUGUCCCAUUAAUAAGAUUUUCUUUCUUCUUGACAGUCCUCC